ACAGGCGAAAAUUCCAACGCGAAAGACAUGGGAACAUGGAUCAAUGGGAGCUGGCAAUGGAAACUAUCACGGAAACGUCAAUUGCGUCCGUGGGAGGAAGAAAUGGAAACAGAACUUCUUGAGACGAUCAGGACAGCUCACCCAACACAAAACAAAGAAGACCAAUGGUGCUGGCAAUUGGAAACCUCAGGGAAAUACACAACUAAGUCAGCAUAUGCUCAACUUUUAAAGGGCGACAAUAGACCUGCUGGAGAGUUCAAAAGGAUGUGGAAGGCCUCCAUCCCACCAAAAUUCAAACUCGAUCUUUUUACUGGGCAAAAAAUAUUGCAAGAAUGGAUGGGUUCUCUUUACAAAAUUGGUGCGAAAACCCAACCAAAUGUUUAAAGAGCAAUGUCAACAUGAAAGAAAGAGUUUGAACUGGACCAUUUUCCCAGGGACUUUAAUUUGUUACAUUUUUUCUGCAGAAGCCGGUGAUUAAGAAAAUCGUUUUCACCUGCUAAUGUAUGUAAGUUAUGGGUUGGAAUACCCCCAGUAUUCCACAUUUAAUAAAUUCUUUUGCUUUUC